CGGCGGCGGGGCCGCGGGGCGAGGCAAGCGCGGGGCAGCCGCGGCAGAGGAGCCGCAGCCGCAGCGGGGCCGGGCCGGGCCGGGCGCGCACCAGUGGCGGCGGCAGCGGCAGCGGCAGCGGCAGCGGCAGCAGCAGCAUCUCGCUCGCGGAGCCGGCGCAGGUUUCCCACACCCGGAGUGCAGACUGAGAGCAGCCCAGGAAAGAGAGCUGAACUUCAUCACCCAGUCCCCAGAGCCAGCAAGACAUGGGUCCCAUUUCCCGAAUCCUGGCGCCUUUCAUUUAACCAGAAGACGCAGAGGGGAGCCACCACCCCUGACCAUGUAGAUGCCAGCUCCAGGGAGCAGCAUGGGCCCCACUGAAUGGAGACUCCUGGGUCUACAGCCCUGAGCCCCUCCGGCCCCUGGACGUUGCCCCGUGCCCAGGGACACCCCUUGGAGCUCACCACCGCUGUCGCCAGCCCACCUCGGCCGCCCCCUCCCCCUGGGACCCAAAGUCGGCCACCGGGAGCCACAGUCAUCCAGUGAGGUUGUGCUAAGGACAGGCACACGGAGCCAUCGCCCAGCAGCCUCUUGUCCAGCGCUGACUCUCGGGCCCACCCUGAGCAGGGACUGGGGCAAACAUGGGUGACAUGACCAACAGCGAUUUUUACUCCAAAAACCAAAGAAAUGAGUCGAGCCAUGGGGGCGAGUUCGGGUGCACAAUGGAGGAGCUCCGCUCCCUCAUGGAGCUACGGGGCACCGAGGCUGUGGUCAAGAUCAAGGAGACUUAUGGGGACACUGAAGCCAUCUGCCGGCGCCUCAAGACUUCACCUGUGGAAGGUUUGCCGGGCACCGCUCCAGAUCUGGAAAAGAGAAAGCAGAUUUUUGGGCAAAACUUUAUACCUCCAAAGAAGCCAAAAACCUUCCUGCAGCUAGUGUGGGAGGCACUGCAAGAUGUGACGCUGAUCAUCCUGGAAAUCGCGGCCAUCAUCUCCCUGGGGCUGUCCUUUUACCACCCGCCUGGAGAGAACAAUGAAGGAUGUGCGACGGCCCAGGGAGGGGCAGAGGAUGAAGGGGAGGCGGAGGCGGGCUGGAUCGAGGGGGCGGCCAUCCUCCUCUCUGUCAUCUGUGUGGUCCUGGUCACGGCCUUCAAUGACUGGAGCAAAGAGAAGCAGUUCCGGGGCCUGCAGAGCCGCAUUGAGCAGGAGCAGAAGUUCACCGUGGUUCGGGCUGGCCAGGUGGUCCAGAUCCCUGUGGCCGAGAUUGUGGUUGGGGACAUCGCCCAGGUCAAAUAUGGUGACCUCCUCCCUGCUGAUGGCCUCUUCAUCCAGGGCAAUGACCUCAAAAUCGACGAAAGCUCCCUGACAGGAGAGUCUGACCAGGUGCGCAAGUCCGUGGACAAGGACCCCAUGCUGCUGUCAGGGACCCACGUGAUGGAGGGCUCUGGACGGAUGGUAGUGACCGCAGUGGGUGUGAAUUCUCAGACUGGCAUCAUCUUUACCCUGCUGGGGGCUGGCGGUGAGGAGGAAGAGAAGAAAGACAAGAAAGGUGUGAAGAAGGGGGAUGGCCUUCAGCUACCAGCGGCCGAUGGUGCAGCAGGCUCAAAUGCUGUAGAUAGUGCAAAUACCAGCCUAGUCAAUGGUAAAAUGCAGGAUGGCAAUGUGGACGCCAGCCAGAGCAAAGCCAAACAGCAGGACGGGGCAGCCGCCAUGGAGAUGCAGCCCCUCAAGAGUGCCGAGGGCGGCGAUGCCGACGACAAAAAAAAGGCCAACAUGCACAAGAAGGAGAAGUCUGUGCUGCAGGGAAAGCUCACCAAGCUGGCUGUGCAAAUAGGCAAGGCAGGACUGGUGAUGUCGGCCAUCACAGUGAUCAUCCUGGUGCUCUACUUCACCGUGGACACCUUCGUGGUCAACAAGAAGCCAUGGUUACCCGAGUGCACGCCCGUCUACGUGCAGUACUUUGUCAAGUUCUUCAUCAUCGGCGUGACGGUGCUGGUGGUGGCCGUGCCCGAGGGGCUCCCUCUGGCCGUCACCAUCUCACUGGCCUACUCUGUGAAGAAAAUGAUGAAAGACAACAACCUGGUACGCCACCUGGAUGCCUGCGAGACCAUGGGCAAUGCCACCGCCAUCUGCUCGGACAAGACAGGCACACUGACCACCAAUCGCAUGACAGUCGUGCAGGCCUACGUGGGCGAUGUCCACUACAAGGAGAUCCCCGACCCCAGCUCCAUCAACGCCAAGACCAUGGAGCUGCUCGUCAAUGCCAUUGCCAUCAACAGCGCCUACACCACCAAGAUUCUGCCCCCGGAGAAGGAGGGUGCCCUGCCUCGGCAGGUGGGCAACAAGACAGAGUGCGGCCUGCUGGGCUUCGUGCUGGACCUGAAGCAGGAUUAUGAGCCCGUGCGCACCCAGAUGCCAGAGGAGAAGCUGUACAAGGUGUACACCUUCAACUCUGUGCGCAAGUCCAUGAGCACAGUCAUCAAGCUGCCGGAUGAGAGCUUCCGCAUGUACAGCAAGGGUGCUUCUGAGAUCGUGCUCAAGAAGUGCUGCAAAAUCCUCAACGGGGCAGGGGAGCCCCGGGUCUUCCGGCCCCGCGACCGGGAUGAGAUGGUGAAGAAGGUGAUCAAGCCCAUGGCCUGUGAUGGGCUCCGCACCAUCUGUGUGGCCUACCGCGACUUCCCCAGCAGCCCGGAGCCUGACUGGGACAAUGAGAAUGACAUCCUCAACGACCUAACCUGUAUCUGUGUGGUGGGCAUCGAGGACCCCGUGCGGCCCGAGGUCCCAGAAGCCAUCCGCAAGUGCCAGCGAGCGGGCAUCACAGUCCGCAUGGUCACCGGUGACAAUAUCAACACGGCCCGGGCCAUCGCCAUCAAGUGUGGCAUCAUCCAUCCUGGGGAGGACUUUCUGUGCCUGGAGGGCAAGGAGUUUAACCGGAGGAUCCGCAACGAGAAGGGGGAGAUUGAACAAGAGCGAAUUGAUAAGAUCUGGCCAAAGCUACGGGUGCUGGCUCGCUCCUCCCCCACGGACAAGCAUACCCUCGUCAAAGGUAUCAUCGACAGCACACACACCGAGCAGCGGCAGGUGGUGGCCGUGACAGGGGAUGGCACCAACGACGGGCCUGCACUCAAGAAGGCUGACGUGGGCUUCGCCAUGGGCAUCGCAGGCACGGAUGUGGCCAAGGAGGCCUCGGACAUCAUCCUGACGGAUGACAACUUCAGCAGCAUCGUCAAGGCAGUGAUGUGGGGCCGCAACGUCUAUGAUAGCAUCUCCAAAUUCCUGCAGUUCCAACUAACAGUCAACGUAGUGGCUGUGAUUGUGGCCUUCACAGGCGCCUGCAUCACGCAGGACUCCCCUCUGAAGGCCGUGCAGAUGCUCUGGGUAAACCUCAUCAUGGACACAUUCGCCUCGCUGGCCCUGGCCACUGAGCCGCCCACCGAGACCCUGCUUCUGAGGAAGCCAUACGGCCGUAACAAGCCCCUCAUCUCUCGGACCAUGAUGAAGAACAUCCUGGGCCAUGCCGUCUACCAGCUCACCCUCAUCUUCACCCUGCUUUUUGUUGGCGAGAAGAUGUUCCAGAUCGACAGUGGGAGGAACGCCCCCCUGCACUCGCCACCCUCGGAGCACUACACCAUCAUCUUCAACACCUUCGUCAUGAUGCAGCUCUUCAACGAGAUCAACGCCCGCAAGAUCCAUGGCGAGCGCAAUGUCUUUGAUGGCAUCUUCCGGAACCCAAUUUUCUGCACCAUCGUGCUGGGCACCUUUGCCAUCCAGAUAGUGAUCGUGCAGUUUGGGGGGAAGCCGUUCAGCUGCUCUCCGCUGCAGCUGGACCAGUGGAUGUGGUGCAUAUUCAUCGGGUUGGGAGAGCUCGUCUGGGGCCAGGUCAUCGCCACCAUCCCGACCAGCAGGCUCAAGUUCCUCAAGGAGGCAGGGAGGCUCACGCAGAAGGAGGAGAUCCCGGAGGAGGAGCUGAAUGAGGACGUGGAGGAGAUAGACCACGCCGAGAGGGAGCUGCGGCGGGGCCAGAUCCUGUGGUUCCGAGGCCUGAAUCGGAUCCAGACCCAGAUUGAAGUAGUCAAUACUUUCAAGAGCGGGGCCUCCUUUCAGGGGGCCCUGCGGAGACAGUCCUCCGUCACCAGCCAGAGCCAGGACGUAGCCAAUCUCUCUAGCCCUAGUCGCGUGUCGUUGUCCAAUGCUCUUUCCUCUCCGACCAGCCUUCCUCCUGCUGCAGCUGGGCGUGAAGGGCUAGAGAACCCUGGAUACAGAGUUCAGCAAGAGAGAGUGAAAUUAAAAGAGAUUCGCGUCGUGAAGGCGUUCCGUAGCUCUCUCUAUGAAGGUCUAGAAAAGCCUGAGUCUCGAACCUCCAUCCAUAAUUUCAUGGCUCACCCCGAAUUCCGGAUCGAAGAUUCACAGCCCCACAUCCCCCUCAUUGACGACACCGACCUGGAAGAAGAUGCCGCACUCAAGCAGAACUCGAGCCCGCCGUCAUCGCUCAACAAGAACAACAGCGCCAUCGACAGCGGGAUCAAUCUGACGACUGACACAAGCAAAUCAGCUACCUCUUCAAGUCCAGGGAGCCCCAUCCACAGCCUGGAGACGUCGCUUUAGCUGAGGACCCUGCCGCCACCCACCCCCGGGCCCCACCCAUCCAGGCACCCAGCUCACCCAAGCAGCAACGAGCAACAACAGGAAACCAAAUACUGGCGAGAAAACCAACAUUUCCACCCAAAAGACCCUUUUUCUGGCUGCGAUGCUGUUUGAACUCUUUUUCACUUUGAGGCAAGGGGCGGGAUCUCCUUGGGGAGGGGGGGGCUUGCGGGAGUGAGCGAUUUUCCCAGAACAAGCCCUUCCCGGCUCCCGCCCGAACAUGGACCAGCCAUGCACCCGCCAGGCCACCACGUCCCCUGCAUGAAUGUACUGUGCACUUCCAGUCCUCCCCUUGUUUGGUUUGGGGGGGGGUCGGGGAGGGUCUUUUGUUUGUUUUCUUAGGCGGGAACUGACAACAGACUCUUUUCUGAGACUAUUUAUCCAAUCGACUGGUCUGUGAGUUUUUGAAAUGCUUGCGCAGCAUGGUCUCAGUUGCAUAGGUUAAUUUAACAACUUUUUGAAACUGCAGAGCUUAACUCACCUAGUAAAUUUGCACCAAUGGAACCGAAGAACUUCAUAGACACUCACAAGGUUAUAUCCAUUUCUUUGUAUCUAUAUCAACGUAUACUUCUGCAAGACUGUAUACGUCCAUAUAGAUAGGUAUACACACACACACGCACACACACACACACGGAUAUAUAAAGUUUUUUUGCCGGCAUGUUGCCUUGUUUCCGCUUAAAUGCUCUAUUUUAACUUAUUUAUGUCCUAAAACAAGAAUGUAAUUUGUUUACAAACCUGUAGAUAACGUCUUUGGCUAUUUGUACGGUUUAAGAACACUGGUGGCUGAGAUGCUAUAAAGACAGCUCAGCCCAACAGACACUUCCCUGGAUUGCAUCCUUGAUGUUUUACAAUAGCCAUGCUCUGAUUUUUGCCUGCUGUUUCCGUUCAAUUAUGUCACUACCGCGGGAGGCUCAGGCAGACGCCAAAUGCUACUGAGUGUCCAUCCGGAGGGGGUUAACACCGUGCUCGUGCUCCGUAGACACAGGGAGAGGAGGAGAGAAGGCUUCCUAGGUUUGCAGCACUAACGGCCGGCCCGGCCCAAGGAGGAUGACGGGGUCCGCCAAGCUCUGGUUGAAGACUUUUCUCUCGAUGAAACUCGCUUGAGUUUACUAAGAGCAUUUCAAAAAAAAGGUUCUCUUUGGCACUGUCUGUACAGAGGUUGAGGUAGUGUUGCAAUAUUAUAAAUGCUACUGUGUUGACUUUUUUUUUUAGUAAUUUAGAGGUUUAUUUACUUAUAAAUUGCAGCGUAUGAGCUGUUGGCAUACUGGAUGAGGAUCAUUAAGGCCUGCUGCUUUUAUUUUUAUUUUUGAAGAAGAGUAGCCUUUUUCUCUGCACUAUUUAGAUCCGAACGAACCUUAUGAUGUGUAUAUUGAGAUGUAUUCAGUGUGAUUUUUAAACCAAAUUGUCUUCCUGUAGUCGCAAUAUAUACUGUAGCCUUUUGACAGCAAGGCUCGCUUUCCCAGACAGAAAGCCAUUCUGAAACCCUACAGUAUCACAGGUGAGAAAAGGUGGUUAUUUUCCCCCCAAGACAAUAACAGCACUAGUAAUCCCACUUAAUGACAGCUUAUUUAAUUGUACGUCAGCCUCUUAACUGCUAAGCACUUUGUGGGUAUCAGCUUUUUUCAUAAAAGAACUUUUGUAUUUAAUACAAAGUUUGCUUUGAGACUUUUCAGCAUACAAUCUUUUUCCAUAAACUUGUACAGUGCAAAAGACAUUUUGAAUACCAUGAUCGAUGACGUCCCAUGCUUCGAGGAAAACCAAACACUUUUCCACCUCGCUUGCAAAAUUCAUUCCUCAUACUGACCUUUCCCACAGUUGCUCUGUGUCAGCUCGGCCCUUCCCUUCUCCAGGCCCAGAGAAUUCUUCCACAAACAAGAUGAGAGCCACUCGGGAAAAGAGCCAUAGUCAGCUGGGAGGGCCUACGUCUGGGUGGCUGUGAAGAAACCUGAGGGUUUGGGAUCCCAAGUCAGCCCAUCCCACCUGGCAAAACCUUCCUGGAAGGAGGACCUUCCGUGUGCGAGAGCAUCACCUGAUUGUCGUGAAGGAAUAUCUCUGAAUGUACCCAGCAGAGGAAACUGCAUCCCCAAAGGGGUGACCAGCCCUCAGAUAUGCUUACUGGAUUCCAAUACAAACACCACAAAAAGCCAGCCCACUGCUCGCCUGCCGAGAAAGUAGAGACCCGCACAUGUAAAACAUGGAGCAGCCUUGGAACAUGGUGUUUUUUUGUAGCUUCCUUUCUCAAGGUUUUCCAUCUCCCCACCUUCUUUGUUCCAAUCUUGUGUCCAUGACCUCAUUCCACGACACCAGGAAAGCUGUGCUUGCACACCCAUGCUCCCUGUUUAUUUGGAGCCAGGACACAGGGAAAAACAGGAGGGGUUUCUCUGAGUAGAGCCUAGCUUGGAGAACAGGGAGCAGCGGAAGUAACGGAGGACACCCGACAUUAGCGUUGGUCUUUUCUUGUCAGGAAUGAUGGAUGCUCACACACACACACACACACACACACACAGAGGAAAUGAUUGGUUUGUCCAAACUCACUGUAGUACAUAAAGCUUGCACUCUGCGUCCUAUAUCUAGCAGCAUGGGGUACGUUUGGCAGUCCACCCCAUUAGGGGGUAAAUAAUUUAUGACCAUUCAUCUGUUUUUAUGAAUUUUUUUAUCUAGACAAUAACUGUAAAUAAAGAACUCACCGUCUCUGUUCAUUUAAUACUA